UCGUAGUCAAACUCAGAAUUUCGAAUCUAAUCUCUUACUGUUCGUUCUCCUUAAUCGUUCGUGAAAAUGUCUGGACGCGGUAAGGGAGGCAAGGGCUUGGGAAAGGGAGGAGCAAAGCGUCACAGGAAGGUUUUGAGAGACAACAUUCAGGGAAUCACCAAGCCUGCUAUUCGCCGUUUGGCUCGUAGAGGUGGCGUCAAGCGUAUCAGUGGAUUGAUCUAUGAAGAAACCAGAGGUGUUUUGAAGAUCUUCCUUGAGAAUGUGAUUCGUGAUGCUGUUACCUACACUGAGCAUGCGAGGAGGAAGACUGUGACUGCUAUGGAUGUGGUUUAUGCCUUGAAAAGGCAGGGGAGGACUUUGUAUGGUUUCGGAGGUUGACAAGCCUAUGGAGUUCCGGUUACUAUUCUUAUGAUGCGUUUUGAAACACUCCAUUUUUAUAGAUCUGUUCGAUCCAGAAGCUAGUAGCAACUUUGUUCAAACAACUUUGUUUAAAGUGAUGUUUGUUCGAUAAACACGACUCUCCACAAUGGUAUGUUAUU